UUUUAGGGUUUAAGCACACACUGACAUACACACACACUUUGAAUUUCAAUUUCUCGCCACCUCAACAACAAAUGGCGUUUUGGGGAAUUGAAAUAAAGCCUGGAAAACCAUAUGUUCAUCAGUAUGAUGAUGAAAGAGGAAGGCUUCGUCUCUCACAGGCAACACUAGGUAGUGGUUCAUCGAAAGAGAAGGCUGUUGUUGUAUGUAAUGUUGGUGAUAAGAAGCCAGUAUACUUAUGCUCAUUGUUGCCAAGAAAAAUGGAGACGUGCUCGUUGAGUAUCGAGUUUGAAGAAUAUGAAGAGGUAACAUUCUCAGUGGAGGGCCCUCACAGUGUUCAUCUUUCUGGGUUUUUUUAUGGAGAAAAGCCAGAUUCUGAUGGAGAUGACUAUGAAUCUGAUUCUGACGAGGAUGAUAGCUCUGAGGGAGUAGAGAUUGACUCUGGAGAUGAAUUUUUUGAUGACAUGGAUGAUCUCACUGAUAAUGAAAUUGAUACUGUACCAAACAGUGGAGUGAGAAUUGAGGAAAUUGUCGAUGAUGAGAAGCCUGAGGAGAAAGCCGCUCCUCAACAGUCAAAGAAGAACAAACAAUGCUCCAAUGAUGACGGUGCUCAGAAGCAAGUUGUCCUAAAAAGUUCUGGCAGUGUUCCAGUACUGGAGAGUGAAGAUGAAGAUGGCUUCCCAAUAUCUUCUGCUGCUAAUGACAAAGCCAGUGUUGUAAGUGGCAAACAAAGAUCAGUAGAAUCUACUGCAAAAGAAGUUUCUGAAAAGUCAGCAAAGCGAAAGAGAGAUGAUUCUGUUAAAGUUGAUGAUUCCGCCAGCCAACCAGCAAAGGUUGAAGCACCAACACCCGAAUCAGAUGUCAAGAAAGGAAAGAAGAAAAAGAAGAAAGCAAAAGAUACAGUAGAAGGUGGUAAGGUUAACGACAGUGUGACUCGGAAGGAGGAAACCAAGCCGAAGAAAAUCGCUGAAACGGCAAGUGCAAAGAACAAACAGCAGGAGAAUACACCAGGAGCAAAAGGAUCUGCUAGUGAAGCGAAACCAUUGCAAGUUAGAACUUAUCCCAAUGGGCUUGUUGUCGAGGAGCUUUAUAUAGGUAAACCAAAUGGAAAGCGGGCAGAUUUAGGGAAGAAGAUUAGUAUGAGGUACAUUGGAAAGCUUAAGAAGAAUGGGAAAAUAUUUGACUCAAAUAUUGGGAAGGCACCUUUUAAGUUUCGACUUGGUGUUGGAGAAGUUAUAUCAGGAUGGGAUGUUGGAGUUAAAGGCAUGCGUGUUGGAGACAAACGAAGACUAACAAUUCCUCCGUCCAUGGGGUAUGGUACUAAAGGUGCUGGUUCAGCCAUACCGCCCAACUCAUGGCUGGUCUUCGAUAUUGAACUUGUAGAUGUGAAUUAAUUGCAGACAAGAAUCGCUGUAUGUUCUUUCUUUUGUUGAUUGGAGACACUUUUUGGAAGACAAAUCUUUUAACUUUUGCUCAUCUGAGGUUUAGUCAUGUAUCUGUAUUUUUGUUUGAUAUGCAGUAUCAAAAUGAUCAAUGUUGUAAUGCUUUGGUUAUAACUUGAGUAACGUUAUGUAUCAUACAUUUUAAAAUUGCAAUCUUGCCUUGGAUGAAAUUAGAAGUACUGUUGGUUCAUAACA